GCAAUCUACCGCUGACCAAAUUUUACUGACGGCUCAGGUUAACAACAUUAGAAUAUAUUAUACAUAAUUUCUUAAUUUGUAAAUUUUUUUCAUUUGUAAGUUCAAGUCAGACGCAUCGAGCUUCCAUUAGCUAAAACACAACAUGAAAUUGCUGAAAACGUCCUUUAACCGUUCAUUUGGUCAAUGUAGACAGGUUUUCUUAUUUCAUCUAGGAAGGACAAUGAAUUGUUUUAAAAGCGCGCACUAUGCAACUGACGCAAAGACUGAAUUAAAGAGAACAAUACUCUAUGAUUUUCAUAUCAGCCAAGGUGCAAAAAUGGUUCCCUUUUGUGGUUGGUCAAUGCCCGUACAAUACAAGGAUGGCGUCAUAGUCUCCCAUAACCACACAAGGACAGAAGCUUCAAUAUUCGAUGUGUCUCACAUGCUACAAUUUAAAUUACAUGGGAAAGAUAGGAUUAAAUUUUUGGAGAGUUUAGUGGUUGCUGACAUUGAUGGUCUUAAAGAGAAUCAAGGAACUUUAUCUGUGUUUACUAACGAGCAAGGUGGAAUAAAAGAUGAUCUCAUCAUUAAUAAGCUGCCAAAUGAACUUUAUGUAGUCUCGAAUGCUGGUUGUGCAGAUAAAAUCACUGAACUAAUGCAAGAAAGUUGUGCUAUGGUAAAAAAUGUUAUGGAUGUUGCAUUAGAAUUUCUAGAGGAUAGAUCAUUAAUUGCACUUCAAGGACCUAAAGCUGCCGCUGCUCUGCAGGAAGGAAUAACAGAAGACCUUAGCAAUCUUUACUUUAUGAAUGGUUUCACAACCAAUGUCUUUAACAUUACUGAUGUUCGUGUAACUAGAUGUGGUUACACUGGGGAAGAUGGUUUUGAGUUAUCAGUCCACAAUAAGGAUGUCCAAAAACUUUGUGAGUUGCUAUUGGACAGUAAAACAGCUGAUGUUCGAAUGGCCGGCCUUGCUCCGAGAGAUAGCUUGCGGCUGGAAGCUGGCCUGUGUCUCUAUGGCAAUGACAUUAAUGAGACAACAACACCUGUUGAGGCGUCAUUAUUGUGGACAAUUGGUAAAAGACGACGAGCAAACGCAGACUUUCCUGGAGCCGACGUAAUCAUAAAACAAAUCGCGGACAAACCAACAAAGAAAAGGAUUGGUUUGCUGUCUUCAGGUCCACCAGCAAGAGCUGGUGCAGUUAUUUUGGAUGCAGAUGACAACGAAAUAGGCAAAGUUACAAGUGGGUGUCCUUCGCCAAGUUUGCCAAAACAGAACAUCGCCAUGGGAUAUGUGCCACGAAAAUACGUUAAAAACGGGACAAUUUUGAAACUAAAAGUUCAUAAAAAACUUGUUCCUGCUACCGUUACUAAAAUGCCAUUCGUCCCUACGAAAUAUCACUUUCCAGCAAAAUCUUGAAUUGAGUUAAUUCUACACUCACACGAAUCCCCCCCCGGAAGAAUUUAUGCAAGCAUUUAAUGGCACGGGGGGAGCGUACGAAAUAUCAAUAAUACUUGUUACAAAUAUACUAUCCAAUGUUUCAUUGUUUUUAACGCUAGUUCAAGUUACCUCUGAUAGUAAAUACUUGUCCUCAAA